AUGCAGCUGGGGCCUACGAGGGUUGAAGCUCGGAUGGAAGUGGUAUCUCCGAGGCCUGCGAGGAUUGCAGCCCGGCCUGCGAAGAUGAAGUUGACGGUAUUAGUGGAAGUAAUUGAUCAGGAAUGGGGGAAAGAACUACGUGUGGCUUGA